AUUAAUGGACUUUGAAAUGAAUGAAUAGAAGGAGAAAAGAAAAGAAACUUUAUUUUGACUCUAAAUAGAUAAGUGGAUAUAGAAAUAAUCAAAUAUAAGUUCUUCAAAGAAGUAGUAUGAUAAAGAAGCAACAGAUAAGAAUGAAAAAUAUUAAGAGGGGGAUAUAGAAAUAUUUAAAGAUAAAAAUAAUAUGGUUGGAAGUGUAUAUUCAAAUUAGGAAAGGAUUUGUCACAUUUAAAAGGAAGGAAUAUUUAAAGAAUUUAGAAGAGAAAAUGAAUAUAAUAUUAAUGGAAAAAUAUUGAAUUUAAUACUUACUGUCAUUAUUGUAUUGGAGAAUCAAAGUUCAAAGUCAACCAUUUCCAAAUCAACAUUAAAUUGCCUAGUUAUAUAAUCAAAGUCUAAUGUUAGAAAUCUGCAGAGAAUUAAGUAGAGUAUAAUCUUUACUCCUAAUUGAUUGAAAAUGUUAUAUUUGAUAUCUCUUGAUGUCUUGGCAAAGAGAAUAAUAAC